CAAACUUUUUGGGACUGAUGGAGUACAAUUUACCCGCUCGUUUUAUCUUUUUAAUCUUUCCAUUUUAUUCCUUCUUCACUGUAAUUGCUCCCACCAAGCUCCUCCACUUCCUGCCUCCAACCACCGCUAACCGCCCAUCUCAGCUCUCCGCGCGGCGGAUUCGUCCAAGGCCAAUGCUCGCCUCAUUCGCAACAAUGGCCGGCUCCCGACUCUUCAGGAUCUGUUUCAUCCCUGCCUCCCUUCUCCUGUUCCUCAUCUUCAUCCCCGCCUUACUCACCAACCAUCCCGGCAUCGUCAUUCUUCGCCCCGCCACCUCCUUCUUCGUCCGAGCUACUCCCGUCGGAGACCAGAAGGAUCGGCGGCAGUAUCCCGUCUCGUUUGCCUACUUGAUCUCCGCUUCCAGAGGCGACUUACCUAGGCUGCGCCGCCUACUGCACGCGCUCUACCACCCGGGGAACUACUACCUGAUCCACCUGGAUGCGGACGCGCCGCGGUCGGAGCACCGGGAACUGGCGAGAUUCGUUGCCGGAAACGCGGUUUUCGUUCAAAUUGGAAACGUGUGGGUGGUUGGCAAGCCGAGCUUGGUGACCUACAGAGGUCCGACGAUGCUGGCCGCCACUCUCCACGCCAUGUCUGUUCUUCUGAGGACUGCAAAUUGGGACUGGUUCAUCAAUCUCAGCGCUUCUGAUUAUCCACUUGUAACCCAAGAUGAUCUGAUCCAAUCCUUCUCCACUUUGCCAAGAGAUCUAAACUUCAUACAGCACACCAGUCGUCUUGGUUGGAAAUUUAAUAAGAGAGGAAAACCAAUAAUGUUAGACCCAGGGUUGCACAGCAGUAAUAAAUCAGAGAUCUGGUGGGCUAUCAAGCAGAAGAGAACUCUCCCAACUGCUUUCAAGCUCUACACAGGUUCAGCUUGGACGGUACUGUCAAGAUCCUUUGCAGAGUACUGUAUAGUAGGGUGGGACAACCUUCCCAGAAGGCUUCUCCUAUACUACACCAACUUCGUCUCCUCUCCGGAGGGUUACUUCCAAACGGUGGUGUGCAAUUCCGAAGCAAAGGAGGGCUACAAGAACACAACGGUGGACCACGACUUGCAUUACAUCACCUGGGACGUCCCUCCAAAACAACACCCUCGCUCUCUCGGCCUUAGGGACUACAGGAGAAUGGUCCUAAGCAACCGGCCAUUUGCGAGGAAGUUCAAGAGGGACGAUCCCGUCCUUGACAAAAUAGACCGGGAACUCCUCAAGAGGCGGUCUGGGGAGGGCCAUUUCUCUCUGGGGGCAUGGUGUUUGGAUGAAGGCCGAAAGACGUGUUCGGCCUUGCAGAGCGAGAAGUAUGGCCUGCUAGUGCACGGAAGUGGUGCUAGAAGAUUGAAAACUCUGCUGGGUAAACUGCUCUCGCCCCACUACUUCUCCAAGCGGCAAUGUAGAUGAUUUUAGUAAUGAAAAACCCCACCAUCUGUGCCUGCUUAAAUCCCAUACACACACUCAUAUUUAUUACCUUUACUGUAGUGUAAAAUGAUUGUGAAAUAUAUAGAAUGUGAAGAAUAUUAUUAGAUUGGGGCUGUUGAGUGUAGCUCAUAUAUAUUGAAUUUCAUGUUUCUAAAAUAAUUAAGACAAUGUAUU